CAACUAUCGAUAGCAGCUAACCGACCGAUAUUAGGCUUGAUCUCGCCCGAUUUCCGAAAAACUAAGCUGCGCGUGCGAGCGUGCGAGGAUUUCUCUUGUAUAAAGUCGUUGCGUAAACCAUCAGCAGCAACAUGUCGGCGUCACAGCAGCAGCAGUCGCAACAACAACAGCAACAUGUGCGCGUGGUCGAACAGCAACAGGUGGGACCAGCUGAGGGGGUGACCUCCACGGUGGAAUCGCAGUCCCAUUCCAUCUCGGCCAGCAAGGAGCUAACCGGUUUGACGCACGAGUGCGGUGUGUUCGGGGCGAUCGCUUGCGGGGAUUGGCCCGCCCAGAUGGACAUUGCACACGUGAUCUGCCUGGGACUGGUUGCACUGCAGCAUCGCGGACAGGAAUCGGCGGGCAUAGCCACCAGCGAGGGCAAUUGCUCCAAGGAGUUCAACGUGCACAAGGGCAUGGGCAUGAUCAGCACGCUUUUCAAUGAUGACUCCAUGAAGAAGCUGCGCGGCAACCUGGGCAUCGGGCACACGCGCUACUCCACCGCCGGCGGCUCCGGAGUGGUCAACUGCCAACCCUUUGUGGUGCACACGGCCCACGGAGCAUUGGCCCUGGCCCACAACGGCGAGCUGGUCAAUAACGAGUCUCUGAGACGGGAGGUUUUGGCCAGGGGCGUCGGCUUGUCCACACACAGCGACAGUGAAUUGAUCGCCCAGUCGCUGUGCUGCGCCCCGGAGGAUGUUUCCGAACUGGACGGACCUAACUGGCCAGCCAGGAUUAGGCACUUCAUGAUGCUGGCGCCGCUUUCCUAUUCGCUGGUCAUCAUGUUGAAGGACAAGAUCUACGCCGUGAGGGACACCUAUGGUAAUAGGCCGCUGUGCAUUGGCAAGAUCGUGCCCAUCAAUGCCGGACACGGCAAUAGUUCGGACACCCCAGCUGACGGCUGGGUGGUUUCCAGUGAGAGCUGCGGAUUCCUAUCGAUCGGAGCCAGAUACGUGCGGGAAGUGGAACCCGGAGAGAUUGUGGAGCUCUCGCGAAGUGGCUAUCGCACGGUGGAUAUCGUGGAAAGACCCGACUUCAAGCGCAUGGCCUUUUGUAUAUUUGAGUAUGUUUACUUCGCCCGCGGAGAUAGCAUCUUUGAGGGCCAGAUGGUCUACACAGUGAGGCUGCAGUGCGGCCGGCAGCUGUGGCGAGAGGCUCCCGUGGAGGCGGAUAUCGUGAGCUCUGUUCCCGAGUCUGGAACAGCGGCGGCCCAUGGCUAUGCCCGCGAAUCUGGCAUAGAGUUUGCAGAGGUUCUCUGCAGGAAUCGCUACGUGGGACGCACUUUUAUCCAACCCUCGACCCGGUUGCGGCAGUUAGGAGUGGCCAAAAAGUUCGGAGCCCUGUCCGAGAACGUGGCUGGCAAGAGAUUGGUCCUGAUAGACGAUUCUAUCGUGCGCGGCAACACCAUUGGACCCAUCAUCAAGCUGCUGAGAGAUGCAGGCGCUCGGGAGGUGCACAUUCGCAUUGCCAGCCCUCCGCUGCAGUACCCUUGCUACAUGGGAAUCAACAUUCCAACUCGAGAGGAACUGAUUGCCAACAAGCUGAACGCCGAACAAUUAGCCCGGCAUGUGGGCGCCGACAGUCUGGCUUAUCUUAGUGUGGAGGGGCUGGUACAGGCCGUCCAGCUGAAGCACCGGGAUGCAGGAGAUGGCAAGUCCAAGCCCACGGGUCACUGUACCGCCUGUCUCACUGGUGAAUAUCCCGGUGGACUGCCAGAUGAGCUGAGCUGGUGAUCCCGAUUGGAGCCUGAUUACUACAGUCGGAAGACUUCUGGAAACCAGUUUUGCACUUUUUUGCCCACCACAAAACGAAAAAAUAACGUAUGCAGUAUCAAAAGCCAUAGAGGGCCCAGAAUUGCUGUCACAAAUAUUGCAUUUAGUUUAUCUAGCGUUACAGCCCACCCAUUCCUAUUUACACACUCUACCUUCUUAGAUUUUAAGUAAAAAGCCCACGUGCUUCCUCAAACUUAAAGACACUGAUUAAAGUCUGGUUUUGUCUCUGGAACUCCACACUCAUAGUACAAAAUAUAACUUUCUAUGUUGCCCAUCUUGAAUAUCUUUAAAAUUUGUUGAUUGCGAAUGCCAAUAAUAAAGACAUUUAGACUAUGA